AGAGCUCUUUGAAAACGGAAGAUGCAAUUUAUUGAUUUCGUGACGUCAUUUCCUGCUGUGGGAAUUUAACCCGGAAGUAGGCGGUGUUCAGAACUGGGAGUUGGCUGAACGAGAACCGACCGGGAGAGACCAGAACCGGACCUGCUAACGCGGAGCAGAAGCCGUCACGGGACCGAACGCGCAGCCUCGUCAGCCUUGUACCGUGAAGAAGCGGUUCCGUUAGCCGUUAGCAGCUAACAGAGGAGUGAGGCGCAGGCCGGACUCGAGCUCACGAUCGUCGGACGAACUCUCAGGAGAAGAACAUGAGUGGAGGAAUGAACAGCAUUGAGGCGGUGAAAAAGAAGAUCAAAGUUCUGCAGGACCAGGCAGAAGAGGCUGAUGAGAGAGCCGAAAAGCUGCAAAGGGAGGUGGAGAAGGAGAAGAGGAGCAGAGAGGAGGCUGAAGCGGAGGUGUCCUCCCUGGGUCGGCGUCUACAGCUGAGCGAGGAGAAUCUGGACAGAGUCCACGAGCGUCUUGGUGCUGCUCUGCUCAAACUGGAUGAGGUGGAGAAGGUCGCCGAUGAAAGCGAGAGAGGCAUGAAGGUGAUCGAGAACAGAGCUCUGAAAGACGAGGAGAAGAUGGAGCUGCUGGAAGUCCAGCUGAGGGAGGCCAAGCAGAUCGCCGAGGAGGCCGACCGCAAAUACGAGGAGGUGGCCCGGAAACUGGUGAUAGUGGAAGGAGAACUGGAACGGGCUGAGGACCGGGCCGAGCAGGCCGACAGUAAAGUUCGGAGGUUGGAGGAGCAGCUGAGGAGUUACGACCAAUCGCUGAAGAGCCUGCAAGCAUCUGAGGACAAGUACUCCCUGAAGGAGGACCGCUAUGAGGAGGAGAUCAAGAACCUGAGCAACAAACUAAAGGAGGCCGAGGCUCGAGCCGAGCUCUCUGAGCGGACGGUGACCAAACUGGAGAAAACCAUCGACGGGCUGGAAGAUGCUCUGACCGCAGCCAGGAACGCCAACAUGGAGCUGCAGGCCACGCUGAAGCAGACCAUGGACGAGCUGGGCUCCUGCUGAAGCGCCGCUCGGGGGCGUGGCCUUCUCUUGUGAUGAUUCCCGCUGUCACAUUCCUCGUCUUUGUUUUAUGCCUAACCUGGUUGAUAGCUAAUCUGUUACUAAUUCAGUAUUUUUUCCUAAUUGAUUGAAAUCAUCAUUGAUUUCCUGUCAGCCAUUAAACUUUGUUUUGGGGGCGUGGCCCAAGUGGUUGCUUAGCCAACCGGUAAAGGAUUCCACUGCCAAACGUGACGAAGCAGGGGCCAAACUCCACCUGAUGUUUAGUUUACACUCAAUGAUGACACAGGAUUUUAUCAAAUAAAAGCACCAAAGUAGACGGAAA